AUUUAUUUUUCACUAUUGUAUUUGCAGCGACUGGAAUGGAAGCAAGCGUGGGCAUGUUUACAAAUUCCUAAGGUCCCAAGGAUUUGUAUCAUCUUAUGACAUUGCCCAUCAGUAUACAGACAGCGACGCGGAUGCUCACAGGUGGAUUAGCCACCAAAAUCAUAGGGGAAACAUCUGUGGGGUUGAUUUCAUAUGGCUUCGUAAUCCUGGUAAUCCUAGGAAAUCCUUAAAAGCAAGUUGGACCGAAGCAGUGUUUGGUAUCACGAAGUAUCAACUCCAAAAGGCCUCGUUGGCUGAAAAUGAUGCCUUUGCCUUUCUAAGGGCUGACAAUCAUGACGAUUUCAUUACUUACUCAGCAUUCUGUGAAGCACUUGGACAGGCAAAUUUAAAUGGUCUUUCGCAUGGAAUAAGUUUCCAGCAGACAAAGGAUCUAUGGAUGCCAGUAGACAUUGAUGGAAAUGGUGUCCUUGACUGUGAUGAAUUUGAGAGGAUAUGGAAUUCUUCAUGGUCAGAGCAAACAGAGGAGAACCGUGAUUUUGAAGACUCCAAAGAGGAAGAAGCCAUGGGUUUUGCAGUGAAGAAUGCCGUCCUCUUCCCCCAAGAAGCAGAGAAAGGAAUGUGGCCUGAAAACUAUUCUCUCUCCGACCAUGUCCGACUCACCGUGGCGUUCACCCCAAUGAAGAUACACUGUUCUUAGCUACCCAAAUAACCGCACUCACAUUUCACUGCAAAAAGUACCGUAAAGCAAUUUUGCACUAGGUAGUCUGCACUUGGAUAUAUUACUGUCCUUGAACGUGGGUUUGUUUUGUUUUGUUUUUUUUUUUGUUUUUUUCAGUCAUGAUGAAAUAAACUUCUCAUCAUUUUGUCUAGUUUUGUAAAGAGUACUCGGCAGGAAAUAAAAAAAUCACAAUUUU